CAGCUGUCAGAGUAGAAAAAUUGACACGUAAAUAGCCAAAUAUCCCGAUAAUAAUCUCGUAAAAAGUGAAAUGCACCUUGACAGCAUCACCGGUUCGCUUUUCCCGGAUGUUUGACGAUUACUGCGUUAUUCGGACUGAUUACGGAACGUGUGCGUUCUAGUGUUUAGAAUGGUGAGAUCAGUGGUUUGUGAAUCAUAUCUGGAGGAAUACCUCAAGAGCCUGUCGAAAAAGCAAGGCACCAGCAUUGGAUUACUAGUUGGGCAGCCUUCCUCUCAUGGUAAAGACUACAUAAUCUAUCUGAAUAAAAUCAAGGAUGAGGGCGGUGCCGACCAGGAAAAUAAAAUAUUGUUGGACGUCGAUAAUCAGCAGGUUUCGCAGCAUGCGCUCAUUGAGACGCGUAUCCUACCGGGUGGAUUCUACGUAAUGGGUAUAUUCGUAAUCUACCCGAAGAACGUAUUCGAAGAUCCAAUUUUGCUUAAAAAAGUGAAAACGAUGCUCGUCGAUAUGCGACUUACUUUUAGCUCCAACCUGCUUAUCCAGGGAAACUGCGAUGAGUUAGAUGGUGGGGAAAAGCUCGUAUUCUUUUACUCCUCCAGUAGUAACGUAUUUGGGUGUAAAUCUGUUGCUCUCAAGUCGGACAAUCUUUCGGUAAAGCCGUGCGACUGGAAGUUUCAGGAUCGACCUACCAAAUGGUACGCUAUGAGUACAUUCUUUGAAACCGAUGAAGUAUUUGUUCUGAGGAAAAACAAAACCGACGAUCAGUAUGACACUGAGGGAAACCUAACUGAUUGCGUGGAAAAAGUAGGUCGCCAGUUAGAGCAAAGUGUAGUUUUUUUCGACGGAACACCGAUUGAUGGAAAACGGCUGAUCGAAGACGUGGUCAAAGACAAGAAAGAUGAUCCCCUUCUAGUGCAUAUUUAUUCGCCAUCGCUAUCACAAAACGACGUUACUUUGCGCAAAAUCGAAACCUUUCCGGGUGUUUUAAAAUUCGACGGCAUCGUCAGUUCCAAGGUGUUUGUGCAUGCUAAAAACAGCGUUGCUGAAGCGACCGCUUUUAUCAAAGCCGACGUGGUACGUUCGCUAAUGUCCCGCGUUCAGAUUCACUGUGAUUCUUUGGUUCAAUCGGAGGAUUCCCUUACGCAAGACCCUAUCGUACUGAACGAGCUGCCCCGCCGAAUUUACUAUCCCAUACGAGCUAAAUCGAACCAGAUUCAAUUUAGCGAGUAUCUUCUUAGCGAAGAGACGAAGGAGGUUGCUAUUCCACACAUUCGGGAAACGCUGGAUUUGCACCUAACGCCCAAGGAGCUUUGCGCAACGGUUGAGAUUGUGCCGGAAGUGAAAGAGGAAGAGCGGCACGAUGCGAAGGAAUGCGAGACGGGUACCGCGGAUAGAGCCGAGGGAAAGCUUAAUUUGACCUUGAUUGGUGUUUUGGCCGCUAGCUUAGUGCUUAUAAUUGCUAUCAUUGUGUUCUAUCUGACGAAGUGAAAUGUUCUGACGAGGUUUCAUGGGUUCUCCUUAAUUGUGACUAUGCGGGAUAAGAUCGAUGUUAUACAAUAUUUUGAUAUUAUAAUC